AUGUAUUAACAGAGAUUUGCAGCUUCUAAUAAAAUGCAACAGAAAUCAUUGUAGGAAUACGAUAUUAAACCUGUAAAGAAUCCAACUAAUCAGGGAAGGUAGAAUAUCCAACAAGUUUAAUAAAUCUACAAUCUUUAACAAAGGAAUACAAGUGGAAUGCAAAAUGAAGAUGGAUAAAAGGGAUUUUAAAUUAAGGUGUUUUAGAACUCAACUAAAUCUAACUUAGAUUCAAGGUCUUCAUCUUAGUAAUCUAAACAAGAUCUUUCUCUUUAAAAAAGGCUAUUCUCAGGACUUGAGUUAGACUAAUCUUUUUCUAAAAUAAACUCUACUACUUUCUAGGAACAAUAAGCAAGUCCCAGGAAUCAAAGCGAUAUUAUACAAAUCAAACUCUUGAAACCUUUAGAUUAGAAAUUCUUGAACUUUAUCCGAGAAUAUGGGUAUAUAAUGGGGGAUUUGCCUCAUGAUAACUAAUCUUCUUUCACUGUAAGCACGAUGGAACGAUCUAGGUUGCUUUCAAACGAAAGAUAAAUUGUUUACAGCACAUCUCCUCCACCUUCAAAAACUUUUCGAACAAAACUCUUUAAUCAUGUUAAUUGA